AGGAGUGGAGAAGUCGGAUCCAGGAGAACCAAACAGGCAAAAAGAAGCUGAAAUGCCCGAGUGCAAAAGCCUUUUUAAAGGACCGGACAAACCACCUGAAUCAUCCACCCUUAGAACUAGUUCCUAAACUGGAACGUGUUGACAGGAACAAGGACGUUGUCAGAAACGUGGCAAAGGGCGCUCAGAGGGAUGGCAAGCUGGAUGCCAAAUCCUCACACCGUGCUGGCCACGCUGCUCAGCAGAAGCCUUCAAUUACAUCCCAGAGAGCGGCAGCAGCACAUCCAGAGCUGCCAAGGAGGAGCACAGAGCUUCCCAUGGGGCUCGUGCUGAGCAGGAGCCACCCUACACAGCCCAAAGGGAGGCUCCCAGCUUCAUCCUCUGGUCACCUAAAUCCAGAAAGGAAGGAGACGCCUGCGCAGGAGACUGUCACUGCUGCGGCACAUCCGCCUGGAAUUGACCUCCCCCCGCCUGGGGCACCUUUCUCCCUAAAUGAGGGCCUGCAGGGCAGGCUGGUUGGCAACAAAAAAAACAUCCAAGCACAAGCCUCUGCACACCCCCUGCCCAGCAGACCUUUUCAGUCUGAUGGAAAGAGUCUCAGGAACCAGAGGGUCUUUACUCAGAGGCAAAGCUCAGCCAUGAUGUCACGAACUGUCACGGGCCCAAAGGACAGAAUUAAUAGCCACCAGGCUAGGGAAGAGCCAAUUCAGGAUAAAUUCAGGAAAGCCCUGCCAGGCUCAAAGAGCGCACCACAAAACCCAAGUGUCAAACCUCAGCCUUUGCAGCCCCUGAAGUUUUCUGCUUCCACUAAUUCGCUGCAUAAAAUGCUGGGGGCAGACCAGGAUAAAACUCGCACAGCCAGGGAAACCACAGGAAGACCACUCGGCACGCUUCCAGCGGGAAGCCUGAAGCACUACAGUGCACCCCUCCAGGUCAAAGGGCCUCCCAUAAAGCUCCUGGCCUCUACCAGGCCCCAGGGGACCACGAAGCCAAAACCCAGCCUGAAAGCGUGUGGCAGCAUGGAAUGGCAAAGGCCCACGGCUAAAGGGGAAGUGGAUAGGAAGGACACAAAGGUGGUGCCUGUCAGACGCACAGCAGCAUCCUGCGUGACAGUGCCCCAAAACCAGCCUCGCAGCGCACACGGCUCCAAAAUUCAAGCAAUUGAGAGAGAUUUUAGGAGUAGGGGAGAGAAGCUUAAGCCGAAGCUCUUGAAGGGAAAUGGAAUCCAGGCUUGGCGUGUUCCCAAGACCCCAUCACCUGCAGACCGUAAGAAACAGCUGGAGGAGUGGUUGGCUUCCAAAGGCAAGACGUACAAGCGGCCACCUAUGACUCUGCUGCAGAAAAAGCCAGUGAAACUGUCCUUGGCAAAUGUCAAGGAGGAAGAGAAGGAAAAGACCCCAGAGCGUCUCUGCUUCAAGAUCAACGACAUCCUAACUGAGUGCCUGAAGCUCGCUGAGGAGGGUGUGGAGACAGAGGAGAUCUGUGCCAUACUGUCCCGGGUACCCCAGGCGGAGAAGUUUGCCAAAUUCUGGAUCUGCAAGGUGAAACUGUUUGCCCAGAGAGGCCCCCUUUACAUGUUGGAGUUGUACAAGGCUGCGGUCUGCGCUGGUGCUGAGCCGCUCGAGGAGCUCAGAGAAGUUGUCCUUGACCUUUUGAAGCCUGCAAACCAAAAGUCAGAAGGGGAAAUGGUGCAGCAGCCUGCUCCUUGCAAGCCCGCGACGCCUUGCCCGAGCGAGAAGCAGCCUGCGGCGGUGACUCCGCACCCAACGGGCUGGUCCCAGAGCCACCUGCCCGUCUCAGUCAAGCUGCAAGUUACCUCUGCUGCCAGAGGAAAGGAGAUGCUGGAAGCCCCAGAGAUGAAAUUCCUGACCCCAGUGCGGCGCUCGCUGCGGAUAGAGAGGGCUGGGAGCCACUACCCGGAGAUGCUGAAGGACCACGACCCCGUGGUGUCAUCCCUCAGGGAAGUCGUGCUGGCUGAGGAGGACACUCAGUUCGUCUUCCGGAAAAACAAGGCUUUGCCCGAGGUGGCGGAGCUGGGAG